ACACAACCUCUGUCUGCCGGCAUUGCCAUUGGGCAAGAGAUUUCCUCAAACCUUCGCUCAAGGCGCCGUUAGGUUCGUAUGAUGCCAGGCUGAGUCUCUUACAAUUGUGUCAUGGCAAAUUCUCUUUCUCUUUUCCCCCAAUCGUCUCAGGGAGCGACGCGGAUACCUGUACCGUCAACUUCGAGGAGCCUAACAAGCCCAGUUUCAACUUCAAACUCAUCCAUCGGUGUUGGAGGAGGAUCUAAACCAACAUUAAAAACUCUGCGCUCUCUUCUACCCUUCGCACCCAAUAAGCAGGCCACACCUUUCUCAUUAUCAGCUAUUCCCAAUGCUGGUACACCGCCGACUAAGAACCCGUUCUCGAACUUCGGCUCCGUGAGGAGGUCAAUGAAUCUUUCGAGGGAAAAAGGCAGAGUUCACGAACGGGAAAGGAAGUUGUCGUUGUCGAGUGCGAUGCCGGUCAUCGCAAUCGAACAUCCGAGCUCGACCAGUAUUGAAGUGACCCCCACGCCUGUAAGGAAAAGUUUGUCAUUGACGACAUUCGAUAUAUCAACGGAGGAGGAAUCAAGAAGGAUAAUGAUGAACAACGAUCAUAGAGUUUUACAGAUUCAACAGCUCAAUUCUGAAGCCCUUCCAAUUGAUUCGAAGCCACUCCCGGUCACACCUCCCUCACCUAAACCAAUGGACUUAUCUACUAUAGUUGAGGCUGACACGUCUGGAAUAUCCAAACAUCUGCCAUCUGCCCCCAAUUCUACUCUCUCGUCACCUCCUUCCAGAUUUCCUUCUCACUCUCCCUCGCCUUCGCCUUUCUUACCUUCGUUUCAUCAUGACCACGACGUCAAUGAUGAUUCCCACCUCGAGCUGGAAUUUUCGACAUCCCAGAUCACCUCACAGUUUGCGACUGACUGGUUGAAAGACGUCAAUGCAAGAGUGGUCGAUGUUGACGCAGAUGAAUCCUUACCUCUAGACGACGAACCUGAACCUUCUGUGGGGGGAAGCUUAAUAGUCAACUUGGAAACAGUCGAUCCAGCUCUAGCCGCCUUGUUAAGUCCGCAUAAGAUACCACCAGGCCCGGUGCCAGGGCAGAUUGACAAUGAAAACGACACUAUCGUCUUACCAAAGCCAGUGCGAUCUACCUAUACCCCCUUGCCCGCUACAUCCCACGUCGUCCAGGAUCUAUCACAACACCCACAACGCCAAUCAUCGCUUCCGAGACUCAGGUCUCACCAGAUUUCCUCUCCCUCCUCCUCCUCCACCGUGGUCGCGGAUGCGUUCAAGUCAUCUUCGUUUGAUAUUGGUGUUAAGGACGAUCAGUCUCGGAAUCAGGCUCAAAACCGUAACCAUUUGCGGGAGCAUAAAGGCAUUGGACAUCAGCCUACCUCACCUUCUGAAGCUCCAAUUCCUCCGUCUUCUUCAGGUUCUACUACUACUAAUCUCCAGUCCCCUCCUUCUGCCACCUUGCCUACUCUUAUCCCCACUCCAUCUACUCCGGAUAUCCCAUCCGCCGUUUCGUCCGCGGCGUACCCUCCACCAUCUUUGUCGACGAUGUCUCGUAUCACCUCCCCCCAUAAUCCUUCAGCAUCGACAUCUUUAAUCGUGGAUGUGAACUCAGAGAUUGACUCGAGUCCUCCUUUGCGCGGACACAAACACCGCAAUCUAGGGCUACGUUGUUCAUCCUCACCCUCUUCUCAGCUUUCUACUAGAAAUCUUGACGCGGAGUAUCCAGAAAGAGGAUCGCUAGAUUCCCCUGCGAUCUCACCUAGGCGUCCUUACCACCAAACUCGACUUGCAGAACAUCCUUGUGCAAAUGAGCAUGGCGAAAUUAUCUUCGGAAGAGGGUCGCUCGAUCUGGAACCCUCUCCUCGCAUCACUACAAGUUCUGCACAUCCAUCCACGCUGGAGUUGCGACGACAAAGGAAACGGAGUAUGAGCGUUGAAGGCCACCAUCUGUUCUCGUCGCUGGGGCGUUAUCCAGGUCCACGUAGUGGAGCUGGAUCGUCUGUCACUCCUCGCUUUGGGGCCAGACCUUCCAGCAGCCUCAGCGCAAGACAGACCGACGAUAUUCGUCCAAGUGGUCGCCCGAUGACAGAAUGGCUAGGUCCACGUACAGCCAAGGCGUUCCGGGCCGCAGGGUUAUUGGGUCACGACCAAGACGGGGAAGAUUCUUCUUUUCGUCCCUCUCCUCCUCCUGGGGUAGGGCAGACACGACGUUACGGGUCCUUACGCAGCACGACUUCCAGAGCACAAUCUAGAGCUGAAGGGCAUAGACGAGGCAGCGGUAGUUAUCUUUCUGGCACAUCUAUUGUGGGGAUGGAGAGCCCUACAUUUACUAUUUCUUCGUCCCGCGGGGAACGGGAAUGGCCCCCGAGAUCGGUAUCUACGGCUCCUACGUCAGUUUCAGGUAUCUCGAACGGUAGAGAGUGGGAGAGGGAGAGGGAGAGGGAGAGGGAGAAAGAAGAGAGCACCAUCGUAGCAAUGAAAGAUAAGCAUGCACUUGAAACUAGUGCCCUUCUGAGCGCCUUGGCAGAUUCACAGAGAACUACGAGGGUGGUUAGAGAGGAGAAUGAGGAGUUGAGGGAGCGAUUACAGGAAGUGGAGAGGUUGGAGGAUGUAUGCGAUGGACUGAGGAGAGAACUGACCCGAGUAAAGGAAGAUAAUGAGAGACUGAAGCGGUUUGUGGCGGACUAUGUUGUGAGAGACAGGGACGCGGGGACGAGGACAGCCAUGGAGCAGGAUACCCGUCGAAGGACUAAAGCAUUUCUUGCCAACAAAGGGAGUCUCGGUAGGCAUGCCGGAACAGCUACAGGAAGUCUUCAUCAAAUAGUGAGGGCAGCUACUCCGCCAAGUCCAUCUCCACCUCCCACCGCGACCAAGGACUCAUUCAAAUUGGAAGACAAUCACCUUGAUCCUUUUUUCACCUUAGCGUCCACGCCUGCAAAAAUUAGGCGGUUCAGUACUGCCUCAUCAUCCGUUUUCCCUGCACCACCCGCAAACAUGACAAUGCUCAAUGAAGAGAAGUUGGCAGCGAGUCCUGAUGUCGCUGGAUACUUCUCGCAGUCCGAAUCGGAUGCUUCCGGGUCCCGUUUUCGGUCUAUUCCAUGGUCCGCCAAAAAUGACAAACACACUCGCGAUACCAGCAUACUUUCAAUCUCAAAUUUCUCGGUGACAACAGGGAGUCCAGGUAGCUUAUGCUUACGGCCUGAGCAUGAACUUCAUUUAGGGGAUAUGGAAAGUUUGGAUUUGGGGGCUGGAAGGGCCAACAGUGGGGACGAGGAAGAGUGGUGAUGAUUUAUACGGCGGAAGACUGGACAGAAUUUUGAGGCGAUUUCUUUACAAUACCUUUGUAUUAUAUUACUUUCCUGACUUUGUCACUGCUUUUCUUUCGGAUUUCACUUGCUAGGAUACCACUAAGCAGAUUAUUUAUAUAUUGUUAUCGGAGCUGUACCAUUCUGGGAACAUGUUUGCCUUCCUUUCUC